AUGUUCGUCGAUUCGAUGGACUGUUUUUUAACAUACAAUUUCUCGUGUGUCAAUGGUACUUUUACUCAGCUCAAUUCGUCGUCAGUUAUAUUUGGAGACGUACUCGAUCCAAGUAUCAUCAUUAUUGACGACAGUUCAAACAACAAUCUAAUAUCAUCAAUAGAUCAUUCACCAUCAUCAUCGAUACUUGUAUCCGUACAACACUGUAUAAUAACAGCACUUAUUCUUGGAGUAAUUAUAGUAGCCACCAUAACUGGAAAUAUACUCGUUAUAGCUGCUGUAAAAAUCGAAAAAAACCUUCAUUCAGUUGCCUAUUACUUGUUUGUAUCAUUGGCUGUGGCCGAUCUAAUGGUAGCGUCCAUGGUUAUGCCAAUAGCUGUUCUAAAAGAAGUGACACGUUCAUGGGUGCUUGGUUCAAUUAUUUGCGAUGCUUGGGUUAUGAUCGAUCUACUGUGUUGUACGGCUUCUAUACUGCAUCUUGUUGCCAUUGCACUCGAUCGUUAUUGGGCUAUUACUAACUUGGACUAUGGAACAAAACGUACACCCGCUCGAAUUCUUAUACUUAUUUGUGUUAUAUGGGCUACAUCCAUUUUUAUAUCAAGUGCUCAUCUAUUUCCUAUAUUUCGUGACAAACGUGGUCGUCCGCCGGGCCAGUGCCAUUUGAUUGGCAAUGUGCCAUAUACAAUUAUAUCCACAGUUGGAGCUUUCUAUAUUCCUCUUAUUGGUAUGUGUAUUAUUUAUUGGAAAAUAUUUCAAGCAGCAAAAUUUCGUAUACGUCGGAAAGCAUUCAAAACUGAUCGUUCUCCACCACCAAAAUCUACUAUGGGAACAACGGUAACAUCGCCAUUGGCUCAUGGCCAACAUGAAGUUCUACUUUUAUCCGAAACUCCAACAUUAAAUCAUGAAAUAAAAUUAACAGAAACAAAUAAAUAUCAAACAUUUUCACCAUUACAAAAGAAAAAAUAUCCUCAUUUAUUUGAUCAUCAUUCACCGGAUAUUGAACCCGAUAGUGCAUCUCUACCUUCAUCGUCAACAAUGCAAUCGAAUAAUGAUUAUCAGUUACAAUCAUUGAAAAAGCCUUCAUAUUCUUUUCUUAAAAAGACACAUGGAACUAUAGUAACAACAACAACAACACCAACAACACCACCACCAUCACCAUCACCUGCUAUUCAAUUAUCGACAACAAAUCGUUUAAAAAACGAAUAUAGUGGAUUGCGUCGAAUCAAUUCAGCAUGUUCGCCUAUGUCAACACGUUGUAUAACAACAUCAUCAUCUAGUAAAUUUUCACCAACAACAAAACUAAACGAUUCAAUAAUAAUUUCGAAUUCGUACUCAACGAAUUCAACUCAUAUUAUCGAUACGCCAACAACAAAACCGUUGACAAAGGAGAAUUCGGCUAAUUCAAGUUAUACUAAUUCUUGUACUACGGCGGUUGGUAAUAAUAAUAAUAACAAUAACAACAACAAUACAGUCAUUAUAGCAAAAUCUUUAGGUACAGUAUCACGUAAAAAAAUUGAUAUUAAGCGUGAACGAAAAGCAACUAAAGUUCUUGGUAUUGUUAUGGGUUGUUUUAUACUAUGUUGGCUACCAUUUUUUAUUGAAGAAACAAUAUGUGGCUUAUUUCAUUUAACAAUAAAUGAAAAAAUCAUUAGUGUUUUAACAUGGCUUGGAUAUUUAAAUAGUCUCUUGAAUCCUGUGAUUUACACAAUAUUUUCACCUGAUUUUCGGCAAGCAUUUGGGAAAAUCUUAUUUGGAAGAUAUCGUAAACGAAGAUGA